AUGCUUCUCGCCAAGGGCCUGUCUGCUCUUCACGUGCGCUUCAGCAGUGUCAUGAUUUUUGGCCUGCUGGUGGUCUUGUGUGUCCAGUCGACGCGCUACUGGCAGCAGCAGGGCCAAACUCGGAGGGCCUUUCUCGUCGACGUCAAGUACAACAACGUGGUCGGGGAGAUCUCAGCCGAGGAGGAGUACCUCGAGAGGCUGGUGGAUCUAUACGGCCUCACGAACCUGACGAAAUGGCAGGCAUGGAGGGUGCAACCUUCGAGCUCCGCAGAGGGCGAGGACGGCCCCGUCACAGACGUUCACCUCAACUUUGACUCGGCGCGCUCGCAAAAGAUUAUUAAUCUGCAGGAGCCCUGGAGCGCCGACCUGCACGCCUCCAAGAAGCUGGCCCUGCCUGUCCGCAAUGGCGAAGGGAAAGAGUUUGCAGACUCGUCCGAGUUCUUGUUCGGCGUGUCGACGAGCUAUGAACGCAUAUCGGCCGGCGAUUGGGCCAUGGUGCGGGCGUGGCAGCGAUGGCUGACCAUGGGCAAGAAGACAAGCAACGGCGCCGGGCUGGUAUUGAUGAUGGACCAAGUGCCGGACAAGAAGCUGCGCGAGGUGGACGACAAGCUGCAGGCUGCGGGCGUGGACGCCUACGUCAUGACGACGGACGUGCCGAUGAGCAUGGCUAGACGAUACUACGAGCUUGUUCGCAUCCUCAAGACUUACAGCGCUACACUGGCGGCCAGCGGCCAGCGCAAACGAUGGUACGGCGUCGUCGAGGACUCGGUCUUCUUUCCCAGCCUGCCUUACCUACGCUCGCGACUGGCGAGUUACGACUUCAACGCCCAGCUGGUCAUUGGGUUGCCCAGCGAGCGAGCGGACUGGCAUGAGGAAGCGGGCGGUGACGGCAGCACCAUUACGACGUCGGGAGGCGGCGCCCUGAUGCUCACACGAGAGGCGGUGGCCAGGAUCCCGCGACUGCCGUGCUUGGCGAGGGACGCGAGCGACGACCCUGUGCGGCCGAAGCGCUGGGACGAGAUCCUGCAAAAGUGCUUGAAGAAGGCCGCGGCCAUGGACAUGCACAUCAUCCCGUCAUUGUACUCCCCACGGGACGAGCCCACCGAGGUCUACCCUACCAGCCACGAGACGGGAGCGCGACCGCUCGUACUGCACGACUAUCAAAGCCGGUACAGGAUCGACGUGGGCAUGGCGCACCUCGUCACAAACGUGUGCGGCGACGCGUGCUUCAUGCAGCGAUACUUGUUUCACGACAACUGGGUGCUCGUCAACGGAGUGUCCAUCAGCGAGCACCCAGACGGCCUCCAGAACCCCCACAAGGACCGCCACCCGAAAUCAGACGACGACCUUGAGGGACAGGGGCAGCAGGAGGAGGAGGAGCAGCAGAAGCAGGAGAAGCGCCGGCCGAGGGUCACGGGCCAGCUCGUCAUCGACGACAAGGACGACGUGCAGCGCGUGCCGCUCACGUGGACUGGGAGGCGGAAUGUCUGGGCACUGCUCGACUCGGCCGUCUCCUCGGACGGGGACGUCUGGCAGGCGUACCUGAAGAAGGGGGCGAGGGGCGCGACGCCGGCGGCGGAGGGCGCCGAGGAGAUGGAUAGCGUGAUUGUGUUGAUCUGGGAGAACAACGCACGUCCAUGA